AUGGCGCUGCCGAAGCGAAUAAUAAAAGAGACCGAACGCCUCAUGGCCGAACCUGUCCCAGGAAUCAGCGCCGUCCCCCACGAGGACAACCUGCGUUAUUUUGACGUCGAAAUCCACGGCCCUGCGCAGUCGCCCUACGAAGGCGGCAUCUUCAAGCUCGAACUCUUUCUCCCUGAAGACUACCCCAUGACGCCCCCCAAGAUUCGCUUCCUCACAAAAAUCUUCCACCCCAAUGUCGACAAGCUCGGGCGCAUCUGUCUCGAUGUUCUGAAAAAUAAUUGGUCCCCCGCCCUGCAAAUCAGAACAAUCCUGCUGUCCAUCCAGGCCCUCCUCGGCGCCCCCAACCCCGACGAUCCCCUCGCCGCCGACGUCGCAAAGAGCUGGAAGGAGGACGAGCAAGCCGCCAUUGCCACGGCCAAGGAGUGGACUACCAAAUAUGCCAAGUCUUGA